AUGUCACCUGCCCCAAUCACCCAGAACGCCGCGGCCUCACCUUCUCCGACACAGCAAACUACACCGGCUUCUACCGCGACGCCAUUUUCUAAACAUUUCGAUGAUAUUUUUCACGCCAAGUUCAUGCACAUCAUUCAAGAAUGGAAGAAUGACCCCGCUAGAGGCCAGUUGACUCAAAAGGACCGGAAGACUUUCAUCGAGUCCGCUUACGUGGAGACUGAUGAGCUCUACUUCGGCAAGCGCCAGCUCUCUGAUCAAGAGAUCAAACUCCGCGCCCUGACCAAGGUCUUUUACAAAGUACUUGCCGAGGAACCUUGGUCCGAGGACUGGAUCCGCUCCCCUGACGUCGAACGCAAGCUUUCGAAAUUCGAGAUGCACAAGGACUCCAUAGCACUGGCCGCCGAGCAUAACCUUAUCACUCCACGUGAUGCUGUAAAGGCAGCGCGCGAGGCUACCAUCAAACAUCAAGAAGCUCUCAAGGGUUCUAAGGCGCCAAAGGAUCUGAAGAUUAACCGUGGGCCGUUCGAUGAGAUCGAAAUCAUUUACAUUGCCGGCACCGUAUCAUCAACAGCCACGAAUAGGAUCGAUCGUGAAAACAUAUAUCCGGUCUCCGUAAGUUCAGUCGCUAACGUUCUGCAAAACCACAUCUGUAGGGAUAUGGUGCGCCCAUUCUCCAUGGCUGAGCGCUUCGUCAACUGUACCGACACGAAAGAGCUCGAAGACAUGCGGCGCUUUGCCUGCAACGUGUGUGACUUUGCUCCCCACCUCCUCGACAACGACAACGUCAGUCUUCUUGUCGUAUUGCUGAUUCUUUCCCGAUCUGACUGCUGUCGGCGCUUCGAGAACAAUGGCAUCCGCAUCGAAGGUUCCACUAUCAGCCACCGCAAGGCGGAGUGCAUGAAGAACAAAAUGGGCUGGAAGUCAACCGAGGAGAAGAAGCCGUACGAUAACUUCGCCAACGAGUUUCAGACCCGGGUUAAGAAUGCCUGCUUCCCUGCUCCUCGAGCGCAGCGCAUAGGCGGGCGUAAGCAGCCUCGCAAAUCCUCAACGCCAGCUACACCUUCAACUCCUCCUGUAUAUCCUCAACCUCACAUGGGUUAUGUUGCUCCUCCUCAAGUACGCGAUGGCGUCAAUACUGGUAUCAAUAUUCCAGCUCCAGCCAUGCAAAGCAUCUACGCUCAGCAUUUACCUCCUACUACAAAAACUCAUCGCCCUCGCGGAUCGACUGGUGCGGGUAGCAACGCUGGGGACCCUAUGGAUCUUUCGUAG